AGUUGAUCAACACGUUCUUGCCUAAACUACUUCCCGAAUGUAAAGAGAGAGAGAGAGAGCAGAGUUGAGGGUCUUCAUUUGAGCCAGACAGUGCCUUACGUGUGGUCGGUGUGCGGAGCACAACAGUCCGUUGUCUUGGGCAUGAGGGCGACUAGCCAUGCAUAAACAGACAGGGCAGACGGACAACAGGAAAUAAUGGGCUCCAGCUAUACCUCAUAAACAACCACCGUGUUGGUCUGUUCAUGUUUUACCCAGCCAGUCGCUGUCUGAGUUGACAGAGUAUCGACCGUUCGCUUCUAGUCUCAAGUCUUCUUUCCAUAUUUUCUCUUCAUCUCUCCUCUUCUUCACCAUGGGGUGUUCUUCGUCCAGCACACAGACUAUCGAUGAGGAGAAGAGACCGGGGACAAAACCCGAGGAGUCCAAUGGAGACACAUUUGUUGUCAGGAACGGUCACAUCUCGGAGGACACAGAGACCCUCGCUGACCAGAUGCAGCUUCCUGUCCAGAGUGCCCUGACUGAUGACUCUGAGGAACCCGUCAUCAUGGCCUCAGAGGCCCUGGAGACCAUGGGGUCUGGAUGGGAGGAGGAGGUCCUGGUGAUGCUGGCUGCAGCCGAGCCAGACGUUCCCCCUGAAGCCCCGGCUGCGGCCGUGGAAGCAGAGGUCCCUUCAGAGACUGUGGUCUUAGUAGAGGCUGUGGUCCCAGUGGAGGUGGCGGUCCCUGUUGAGGCUGUCGUGGUUGAGGCCGUCGUGGUUGAGGCCGCUCCCGUGGCAGAGGUUCCUGCUAUGACAGUGGUGUCUGAGGAGGCCCCUGUUGUUGAAACUGGAGCUGCAGUUGAGGUGGCUGCCCUGGUCGAGGCAGCUGCACCUGUGGAAGCUGCUGCCCCAGUCGAGGUGGCUGAAACUGUCCCAGAGGCAGCUCCAGGCCCGACAGAGGAGACCCCAGCCCCGACCCCAGCUCCAGCCCCGACAGAGGAGACCCCAGCCCCGACCCCAGCUCCAGCCCCGACAGAGGAGACCCCAGCCCCGACCCCAGCUCCAGCCCCGACAGAGGAGACCCCAGCCCCGACCCCAGCUCCAGCCCCGACAGAGGAGACCCCAGCCCCGACCCCAGCUCCAGCCCCGACAGAGGAGACCCCAGCCCCGACAGAGGAGACCCCAGCCCCGACAGAGGAGACCCCAGCCCCAGCAGAGGAGGCUCCAGCCCCGACAGAGGAGGCUCCAGCCCCAACAGAGGAGACCAAAGAAGCCCCAGCCCCUGUGGCCGCUGUCCCUGAGCCAGUAACCCCUGCUGCUGAGCCUGUGGCCGCUGUCCCAGAGGGGGCCCCUGCUGUGGAGGCCCCUGCACCCAGUGGCCCCAUAACUGACCUUGUUGUUGCAGCAGAGCCAAUAACCACCCCUGUGGCUGUGGAGGCCCCAGGACCAGUGGAGGCCCCAGGUGAGGUGGCAGCUCCAUCCCCAGAGCCUGCAGUAGAGACCCCUGCUCCCAAAGCUGCCCCAGAGCUAACACCAGCCGCCCCUGCUCCUGCUACCUCAGACGCCCCUGCCCCAGAGCUAACACCAGCCGCCCCUGCCUCAGAGCUAACACCAGCCGCCCCUGCCUCAGAGCUAACACCAGCCGCCCCUGCCUCAGAGCUAACACCAGCCGCCCCUGCCUCAGAGCUAACACCAGCCGCCCCUGCUCCUGCUACCUCAGACGCCCCUGCCCCAGAGCUAACACCAGCCGCCCCUGCCUCAGAGCUAACACCAGCCGCCCCUGCUCCUGUGGCCCCGCCUACUCCUGCUAUCUCAAUCCCAGAGAUUGAUGGUGUUCCGGUGGUUGUGUCUGAGUUGGCGCAGGAAGCAGCAGCCAUGGUGUUGGCUGGAGUGGCACAGGAAGCAGAGAAAGACCAGAAACAGAACUAAGGAGAGAGAGAGAGAGGUCAAACUGAGGAGGCCGCUGUCGCCAGGGAAACACAACCUUCUUGGAUAAAACCUCUAGUUGUUUACAUUCAGAGAAGAUCUGUAGACAGGAUGCACAACCCAAAGACCAGGAAGUUAAAAAGGGCUACUGGAAAACACACACACACACACCUUUACUGUACACACACACACACACACACACCUUUACUACACACACACACACCUUUACUGCACACACACACACCUUUACUGUACACACACACACACACACACACACACACACACACACACACACACACACACACGCAUCGGCCACAACGACGAUAGACCAGCUCAAUACAUAUUACUGUCAGGGUGUGUCCAAUGGCACCUAAUUCCCUGACUAGGGGAUGGCGUGUAAUUUCAGACGUAGAGUCUUGUCACCAAAGUGCCUCCCAUCCUGGAAAUAUGGAUGGUUCACUUGUCUUCCUCUAUUGGCAAUAACAUCGUUAAAGAGAACGACCAUGUAACCUGGAGCCACCUGGGCUUCCAACUGAACUCUCUGACUCCCAAUUACCUGGAGCCACCUGGGCUUCCAACUGAACUCUCUGACUCCCAAUUACCUGGAGCCACCUGGGCUUCCAACUGAACUGACUACCAUGUAACCUGGAGCCACCUGGGCUUCCAUCUGAACUCUCUGACUCCCAAUUACCUGGAGCCACCUGGGCUUCCAUCUGAACUGACUACCAUGUAACCUGGAGCCACCUGGGCUUCCAACUGAACUCUCUGACUCCUAAUUACCUGGAGCCACCUGGGCUUCCAACUGAACUCACUGACUCCCAAUUACCUGGAGCCACCUGGGCUUCCAUCUGAACUCUGACUCCCAAUUACCUGGAGCCACCUGGGCUUCCAACUGAACUCUCUGACUCUCAAUUACCUGGAGCCACCUGGGCUUCCAACUGAACUCUCUGACUCCUAAUUACCUGGAGCCACCUGGGCUUCCAACUGAACUCUCUGACUCCUAAUUACCUGGAGCCACCUGGGCUUCCAUCUGAACUGACUACCAUGUAACCUGGAGCCACCUGGGCUUCCAACUGAACUGAUUCCUAAUUACCUGGAGCCACCUGGGCUUCCAACUGAACUCUCUGAGUCUCUCUAACAGACAGCUGUGGUGAAGCCAAAUGAUGCACUACUUUAGCAACAACUGUGAAGUUGAGGUUCAGAGGCAGUCGGACUACACUGUCACUUUAAGGUUGUCAAUAUGGAGUCAACAUUGUGUUGAACAGCUUCUCGGUGGGAGAAUGUUUCAUAAUAAAUAAUACUUGACUUUUACUAGCUGCUCUGAAAGAGGAAGACAAGCCUAACAAUCUAACAAACUGUUCUUCUGGACUAGACUGAACUCAAUCUAACAAACUGUUCUUCUGGACUAGACUGGACCCUGCUGACGUGGAACUCAAUCUAACAAACUGUUCUUCUGGACUAGACUGGACCCUGCUAACGUUGGACUCAAUCUAACAAACUGUUCUUCUGGACUAGACUGGACCCUGCUAACGUGGAACUCAAUCUAACAAACUGUUCUUCUGGACUAGACUGGACCAGACUGGACCCUGCUAACGUGGAACUCAAUCUAACAAACUGUUCUUCUGGACUAGACUGGACCCUGCUAACGUGGAACUCAAUCUAACAAACUGUUCUUCUGGACUAGACUGGACCCUGCUGACGUGGAACUCAAUCUAACAAACUGUUCUUCUGGACUAGACUGAACUCGAUCUAACAAACUGUUCUUCUGGACUAGACUGGACCCUGCUAACGUGGAACUCAAUCUAACAAACUGUUCUUCUGGACUAGACUGAACUCAAUCUAACAAACUGUUCUUCUGGACUAGACUGGACCCUGCUAACGUGGAACUCAAUCUAACAAACUGUUCUUCUGGACUAGACUGGACCCUGCUAAUGCGGAACUCAAUCUAACAAACUGUUCUUCUGGACUAGACUGGACCCUGCUGACGUGGAACUCAAUCUAACAAACUGUUCUUCUGGACUAGACUGAACUCAAUCUAACAAACUGUUAUUCUGGACUGGACCCUGCUAACGUGGAACUCAAUCUAACAAACUGUUCUUCUGGACUAGACUGAACUCUGCUAACGUGGAAGUCAUUAAUGAAUCAAUGAUUACUUCAAUACAGUCAUUUAACAGGUAGUUAUGGAAUACUAAGCUCUUAACAGUAGAUCUGGAGUGUACAGUGUAAUGUUGAGAAGAGACUUUACACGGAGUGAGCAAAACAUUAAGAACACCUUCCUAAUGAGUUGUAUCCCCGUCUGCCCUUUAGAACAGACUCAGUUUGUCGGGACAUGGGACUCUACAAGGUGUUGAAAGCGUUCCACAGGGAUGCUGGUCCAUGUUGACUCCAAUGCUUCCCCACAGUGGUGUCCAGUCGGCUGGAUGUCCUUUGGGCGGUGGACCGUUCUUGUUACACACAGGAAACAUGUGCCGCGUGAAAAACCCAGGAGCAUUGCAGUUCUUGAAACAAACCGGGGCGCCUGACACCUACUACAUUACCCCGUUCAAAGACACUUAAAUAUUUAGUCGUGCUCAUUCGCCCUCUGAAUGGCACAUGUACACAAUCCUUGUCUCAAGGCUUAAAAAUCCUUCUUUAACCCGUCUCCUCCCCUUCGUCUACACCGAUUAUGAAAUGGAUUUAACAAGUGACAUCAAUAAGGGAUCAUAGCAUUCACCUGGAUUCACCUGGUCAGUCUGUCAUGGAAAGAGAACAGGUGUUCCUAAUGUUUUGUCAACCCGGUGUCUGUUAGUACUCCUCUUUCUCACCUUGUUUGUUUCAAAAUGUCACUAUAUAUAGAUUCAUGAUGCGUCUGUCUGUUUGAGGAUUCCUCCUGACCGAUGCAGUAGGACACGAGGUACCAAAUCUAGUUGAAAUGAACCAUUCAGCGUGGAAAAACACUCCAUGGUUAAACACAACAAGUGAUUUCAACCUUUUUGUUUGUUAUUUAUCAUAACAUGGAGUUAUAAGAGCUGUCUGUCACUUGUAGGCUUCCACUUUUGACCUGUCCUCUCGUCACCUGGGAAUAAUCUGUUACCUUCAUACACAGACACACUCCUGAGCCAACGCAUAGACACCCUGCAGCUCCUCCACCUGCUACAGCCGCCACCUCCGGCUGGAAUGAUAAACACACAGACACCCUGCAGCUCCUCUACCUGCUACAGCCGCCACCUCCGGCUGGAAUGAUAAACACAUAGACACCCUGCAGCUCCUCUACCUUCUACAGCCGCCACCUCCGGCUGGAAUGAUAAACACAUAGACACCCUGCAGCUCCUCUACCUGCUACAGCCGCCACCUCCGGCUGGAAUGAUAAACAAAGGUCCCGGUAUUAGAUAAGACAGCCACAGGAGUCUGGUUCAUCCUGAACAACAACUUCGGAGUCUCUUCAUACCUAGCUGGCAUCUCCCAAAGGGUUCCCUGUGUAAACCUCCCCCUGAACUUAACAAUGGCUCUGCAGGCCAUUGUAGAGAGACUGUGAUUUUUUUAGUAGGUGUGUAACUGUGUGUUGGGCAAUAGGAUUAAAGAGUUUAUGUUAUUACCCUGAAACAGUGGUCUUCUGUAAUAUAUUCAUUCUGAUAAGAGCUUUGUGUAUUCUGCACUAAACUGUCUGUACAGUUGCAAUAAACCUUUGUUUACUAAUACCAA